GUUAUUCAAUUAUUAAUAAUAUUCUUGGAUUACCUUAAGAUUCUUGACUGAACUUUAGAAAUUCAUGUUCUACUGAUUUUCAUUUCUAAUGACUUCGCCUCGCAACAAGCGUCGUGUUGUCUUUUGAAUGUCAUAGGCGAGAACAUUCUUAUGAGAACUGUCGCUGUGGGUGCUAACGUAGUGUAGUGUUGUCUUGUUUCAUCAACAGCUGCUGAUUGGAAUGUCGGAUACUUCGUAUAAUUAUUAGAUCGUCUUGAUUAUGCGCAUCCACGCAGCUUCAGUUACUGCUAAUGACGGUUGCCCCAAACUUUUCCCGCAAGUCCAUUUUAUUCUCAGCAGAAACUCGUCGUUAAAGAUUAUUUCUUCGCUUCUUUUCGACUUGCAUUAAAUGGAGUGGUGAACAAGCAAUCCUCUGUUAACAAGUUCACAAGAAUUGACAAGAGUUGUCAUUGUUUGGUUUGUUCGCCAUGGCAACGAUCGCUGCAUGCGGGCGCUCUUGCCUCAGUGUUCAACUCUUGCUCCAGUUGUACCGAGUCUUUAUUUGCUGGGGAAUUUAAAAACAUUUAAUAUCUGCGAUUUGAUGGUUACCGGUUGUGAUACCAGUAUCAUUAAUCAUACUGGUAUUUCAGUAAUGACUUCAUCACCGGACGAUAUUGCGGCCUACCUGGCGCAUCUGAAGGCCAGCACAACCAAGAAAAAUGAUGGCGAAUCCCCCGAUGAGGACGCGAUCGACCGAAUGCUUCGCCAGGACGCAAAUUUAAGCGACUUUUCGAGCUCCCCUUCCAAGUCCCCUCACAGGAACCCCUUGAAAUCGCCACAGAAAUUCAAAAGUAUCUUGGGCGAUAUACGCAAGUAUGAGGAUAAGUAUAUUAACAGAAGCCCUAAGAAACUAUCUAGGAAGUCGAGCGUGAUUUUCAGCGUUCCUGAAAGCCCUGACGAAACUGCUUCUGGAGGAGAGGCCGGGCUUCAGUCUGACGACUCAAUGAUGGACGAGGUCCUGGCAAAAUGCCUUCAGGAAUCGUCCUUGUCUGACGACAUACCGCCCCCCGGGACCGCUAUUCCUCAUAAGGAAUCUAUGCUGAAGAAUGUUUUGUCAGCGGAGAGUUUGCUUAGUCACGAUCCUUCUCAGCCCGUGGCUCAAGCUGAGCCAAAAGUUAGCAGAAAGAAUAUUUUCUUAGCAACGAACAAGAAAGAAGUUUUCGGAGGCACGAAGGGGGGAAACGAACUCCUGAACUACAAGAUUCCCUGUAGCUUUCCGUUUGAAAGCUCAGACCUAAAACGUCAACCAGAAAACGAUAAUCGAACUCUGUCGACUACUCCAGAUCGUUCGAGUGUCAGCUUACUACGUAAGAACAGUAAAAGUAUAUUCCAUUCAUCUUCUUUUCAUUCUUCUUCAUCGGAAUCGGAAGAUGAUUUAUGCAAACGUAUAUCGAGGAAAAAUUCAUACGUGUACAAGGAAGGUUUUGUCCUAAUGAGUGCCACGUCAACUGACGAUACAAUUCAAACUGACUCCAACAUCUCUGACGAGGCAGAACGCCGAUCUUCUGAGGUAGUUUCUCUUCAGCAGUCCGACGAUGAGGGAGAAGCGCCGAUAGCGAACGCAACGAACGUGUCGGUGCAUUCUAAAAAUCGAAACGUUGUUACAACCGUAAUGGAAGACAAAACUGUUACGAAACCGUCCUCUUCUUCGAUAGCAGUUACGAAAGAAAUCAAGAAUUCACAGAAAUUUAAAAUAGAUAAUAAAGAAAAAUUUAAAAUCGGUUCGCUUAAGACGAAUCAACUCAUUACGACAGAGCAGUCGGGGAACAAAGGCUACAGCUCGUCUUUUGCGAGCACCAGCUCUGGUGAAGACUUAAAUUCAAAUGCUGUUGGAGAUUCAGGCAGAUUUGACGACCUCAUGAACGGCAGCUCCACACGCAUAACUUCUAGCACUGAAAUUUCCAUUGAAACUUCAUCGUCUUCUGAGCGUUCAGAUCGUCACAGGCACUCGAGGCACAAACACCAUUCGCGUCACAAACGUCGAAGUCACAACAGUGCGAAAUCAAGUCACAAAAACCGUUCACGUCACAGACACAAACGUUCGAGGAGCGAGCAGCCCUCCUCAAAGUCCAAGAAGAAGAGGCGGAGGAGAAGAAGGAUGAGUUCUUGUAGCGAUGAUUACAGUUCAUCAUCAUCAUCAGAAUCAUCCUCCUGUGGUCACCGCAGACGCAGGCGGGAAUCCUGCAGGAACUGUGAGCGCCUACUGACGCUGCUGGCAGGGGGCGCAGGCCCCACGUGCCCCCUGCUCCCCCAGGGGCACCGGGGCCUCGACCUACUGGGGGGCGGCGCCCCCUGCUUCGUAGGUGAGUGA